UGCAUUGUGGGAUUGGACGCUAUUGACAUAGCGACAGGAGAGCUGGUAGAGAAACAGUCUUUUUCCUAUUUUUUUAUCAAUAGUUUUGGGGAAAUUAUCAUUCCAACAACUGCUAUGAACGCGUCAGUGGCCAAAAAGACCCAAGACACUUUGGGGAAAGUGAUAAAGAAACCGCCGCUUACUGAAAAACUGCUCACCAAACCGCCGUUUCGAUACCUGCACGACAUAUUCAGUGAGGUGAUCCGGACCACUGGCUUCAUGAAGGGACUCUAUGUAGAGACAGAGAUGAAGUCAGACAAUGUGAAGGAUAAGGAUGCUAAGAUGGCGUUCCUGCAGAAGGCCAUGGACGUGGUAAUGCUGGUGAGCGGCGAGCCCCUGUCGGCCAAGCCGGCACGCAUCGUAGCCGGCCACGAGCCAGAGAAGACCAAUGAGCUGCUGCAGGCUAUAGCCAAGUGCUGCCUCAACAAGCUGUCCAGUGAGGAGGCAGUGAAGCGGGUGCUGAUGGGGGACAAGCUGGACCCCAAAGGGAAGGCCAGCACCUCCCGUUCCCAGGACAAGGAGAACCGGGAGGGACGAGAGCGCCACAGAGACCGAGAGGAGAGGAAGGAGAUACGAGAGCACAGCAUCGGUGGAGGCCGGGAGAAGAAGGACCCGGACCAGCCCAAAGAGCAGGAGGACAGGCGAGGCAACAAGGAGAAGGAGCCCCACCGCGAGGGAGAGCGGUCGGAGAAGGCCCGCGAACGAGACCGGACCAAAGACCGCGACAAGGACAAGAGCCGGGACCGAGAGAGGGACAAAGACAAGAGAAGAGAGAAAGACGGGGAACGAGACAAGGAGAGGGAGAAGGACAGAGGCGGAGAGAAGAGCAAAGACAAGGAGACACACAGAGCGAGAGACCGAUAUAGGGAGGAAGAUGGAGACAGGGAUAAACGGCGAGACAAGGGAGAAAGGGAGAAGGUGAGAGGGACCAGACACAAACAGGGGGAGGAGAAGACCAAAGUGCCAGAGAAAGGGGACAAAAAGGCCAGAGCGUCAGAGGAGUCAAAACACCGACCACAUCCAGAGGAGCCCAGUAAAACGACCAAACCUGAACCAGCGGCCGCAGAAGUCACAGACAAGCAGUCUGACAGUCCAGCCAGAAUACCCCGGCCCUCAUCUGCUAAGGGGCAGAGGCGCAUGCCCAAAGCAGGAGCCCAACAAGAGUCUGACGGUGAAGGAGAUGGAGACACUCCGUUGGCAGAGAGGCCGGUCCCCCUGGAGAACGGCGAUGCCACAGACGCAGUGCCAGCCCACAUGGCCCACAGCAACCGAAGGAUACCUCGGCCCAACAGCGCACGGCCCGCCCCUCCUCGGUUCAAGAGGCAGGAGAGCUAUGCUGACGUGACCCCGGCCGAACGGCUGACCAGUGCCAAGCCCCCGGCAGCUGUCAUAAUGGAGGGGAAGAAGCUCUCUGAGGAUGAGGAGGAGGAUGAAGAUGAGCAGUUUGUGGUGCAGGAGGCUGCCCCUCCUCCCCCCGACAUGCCCGACAUGGAGAUGGAUCCUUCAGUGGGACUUCAAGGCGAUGAGAAGCAUGGUGGGCUGGUGAAAAAAAUCCUUGAAACCAAGAAAGACUUUGAAACAUCACCAUCAUCUCCAAAGUCCAAAGACCAGACACAAAGCCUGGUGUCGGAGGCGGCCAGGAAGAAGGAGAGGGAGCUGGUGUCCAGGGAGAUCGAACGGCUGCGCUCGUCCAUCCAGACGGUGUGCCGCAGCACCCUGCCCCUGGGCAAGAUCAUGGACUACAUCCAGGAGGACAUGGACGCCAUGCAGAACGAGCUGCACACCUGGAGGAGGGAGAACAAGGAGCAUGCGCAGGCCCUGCUGCAGGAACAGAGAGUGACGGACAACGCCGUGGAGCCUCUGAAGGCCGAGCUAGCCGAGCUGGAGCAGCUGAUCAAGGAGCAGCAGGACAAGAUCUGCGCUGUCAAGUCCAACGUCCUGAAGAACGAGGAUAAGAUCCAGAAGAUGGUGACCAGCAUCAACUUCUCCUCGCGAACAUGAGGGGGAGCCAAGGUCCAAAUAAAGGGGUUCGCUCCCUUAAAAAAAAUAAGUGUUUGGGUGAGCCUGGGUUCUUACUUAGUCUGGUAACAUCCGAAAUGAUAGAGGCCUCAACUGCACUUUCAUUCCUUGUCAUCAAUGUUCCCUCUAAACUUGCGCGUGUGCGUGGGCCCGCACUUCCUCCAGGACUGCAGUGCAGAAGAAAUGCCAUGCUGCGCAGAGACGCAAGAGAUUGAACUUCACUGAGUUCACCCCAUUAGUUUGCACUAUAUAGAUCGAUGUUUUUUCUGUGAUCAAAUCAACAUGAAAUGAGCCCCUUUUCAAUGCAACAAACCAAAACAAAUCUAACUUUGCAAGAUUGAGUCUGUGAUGUUGCUGUAGGCAGAGCCAGAGCGCAACGGAGUAGAAUUCUAUUGGCAGGGGUAGCCCACUAGCGGUCUUUCAAUCACCCAUGAGUUAAUGCCUUUUCAGAUCAGAGCGCAGAGCAUGUGUACAUUUGUUGAUAUUCUUUGCUAGUUAGUGAGUUGUUAGCCCAGUUAUAGAUAAGUAUAGGUCAGCCAUGGGUUGUUACUGCUUCCUACAAGAGCACAAAACAUGUAGGAUACAUUUCAAGCUGUCUUUGAAAAGCCAGUCAGGUGAAAAGCUUACAUCUUAAUUAAAGGGGCGGUAUUGUAUUUUGAGACGUGCUUGAAUAUGCAAAUAAGCCAAUAUGCAGAGCGGUAGCCUACAUUGUCUAAUUCUCUCUAUGGUAAUAAUAAUUAGUUGUAUUUUAUAAAGUGUUUCUUGCAUCAUGCAACACAAUACAAUGCCAUUUGCAAUCAUCUAUUUGGCCCAUGGCGUUAGAGACCAAGUAAAAAAUUAUAAAUUAAUAUCAAGUCUUUUAUAAUGUUUUUUUAAUAUUUUUUUUAUAUAAGUCUCAUGCAAUGUAGGCCUGCAUUGAACACCACAUAUAGGCUACUGUAGUAGGCUAUAUCAUUGAAAUCAAAAGCUAUUUCCAUGUGAAAAUGUUAUGGGAUUUGCUCCAUUGGUUUUGCUGGUAGGCCUACAUUAUUUUCAAAUUCCACAAUAGCCAUUGGCUACUGUCAAACUGUAAGGGUACAGCCUCCGAGUUCAUUGUAAACGUGCACCGGAAGUUGCACAAAAUUCUCACAAUGUUCAAGUUUCCGCUCACAAAACCAAAAAUUUGCUCAGUGCCCCCAAACAAUGGAGGGAACGUUGGUUGUCAUGUCAUGAUGAGAAAAAAACGCCCCGCUUUUAUCACCCCCUCUCUUUUCAUGGUGCCUUUGUGGAACGCACACACACACACACACACACACUAACUGACUGGUUGUGGAGAGGGUUUGUAUUCAACCCCCUAGGGAGAGAGACACACUUGUGUUAAUUUGUUAGUGCUCAUCCACUUUAUGGUGAUUGACAUACCUUUACAUGUUUUUAUUAGUUUCUCAUUUUUCGACAUUACAUACUGUAUGCAUAGAAUAAGGCUUGACUUGAAUCUGUAUAUACAGUACCAGUCAACUUUGGACACCUACUCAUUCAAGGGUUUUUAUUUGUACUAUAUUCUACAUUGUAGAAUAGUAGUGAAGACAUCAAAAAUAUGAAAUAGCACAUGGAAUCAUGUAGUAACCAGAAAAGUGUUUGCCGUGAUGAUAGUUUUGCACACUUUUGGCAUUCUCUCACCCAGCUUCAUGACGUAGUCACCUGGGAUGCAUUUUAAAUUAACAGGUGUGCCUUGUUUAAAAGUUACUUUGUGGAGUUUCUUUCCUUGAUGCUUUUGAGCCAAUCAGUUGUGUUGUGACAAGGUAGGGAUGGUAUACAGAAGAUAGCCCUAUUUGGUAAAAUAACAAGUCCAUAUUAUGGCAAGAACAGCUCAAAUAAGCAAAGAGAAACGAUAGCCCAUCAUUACAUUAAGACAUGAAGGUCAGUCAAUCUGGAAAAUUUCAAGAUCUUUAAAAGUUUCUUUAAGUGCGGUCUCAAAAACCAUCAAGCGCUAUGAUGAAACUUGCUCUCAUGAGGACCACCACAGAAAAGGAAGACACAGAGUUACCUCUGCUGCAGAGGAUAAGUUCAUUAGAGUUACCAGCCUCAGAAAUUACAGCUCAAAUAAAUGCGUCAGAGUUCAAGUACCAGACACAUCUCAACAUUAAUUGUUCAGAGAAGACUGCGUGAAUCCGGCCUUCUAAUUUGACAGCCGUGUCUUUGUGAGACGCAGAGUAGGUAAACGGAAGAUCUCCGCAUGUGUGGUUCCCACCGUGAUCCAUGGAGGAGGAGGUGUGAUAGUGCUUUGCUGGUGACACUGUCUGAUUUAUUUAUAAUUGAAGGCACACUUAACCAACAUGGCUACCACAGCAUUCUGCAGCGAUAGUCCCACUAAGCGCAAACCAGAUGGGAUAUCAUUUGUUAUUCAACAGGACAAUGACCCAACACAACUCCAGGCUGUGUAAGGACUAUUUGACCAAGAAGGAGAGUGAUGGAGUGCUGCAUCAGAUGACCUCGCCUCCUUAAUCACCUGACCUCAACCAAAUUGAGAUGGUUUGGGAGGAGUUGGACUGCAGAGUGAAGGAAACAAGUGCUCAGCAUAUGUGGGAACUCCUUCAAGACUGUUGGAAAAACAUUCCAGGUGAAGCUAGUUGAGCUAGUUGAGAGAAUGCAAAGAGUGUACAAAGCUGUCAUCAAGGCAAAGGAUGGCUACUUUGAAGAAUCUCAAAUAUAAAAUAUAUUUAGAUUUGUUUGAACUUUUUUUUGGUUACUACAGGAUUCCAUGUGUUAUUUCAUAGUUUUGAUGUCUUCACUAUUCUACAAUGUAGAAAAAUAAAGAAAAACCCUUGAAUGAGUAGGUGUCCAAACUUUUGACUGGUACUGUAUAUAUAUAUUUAAAAAAUCCACAUCCAACCAUGUACAUUUUAUACGCACGUGUAAUUUUUAAAUAUGUCUGUCAAUUAACAAUUCUGCUGUUCUUCAAAGCCUAUAAAAAGCAAUAGAUCUGAGGUGUGUUUUAACGGGUAGGCAGUCGCGAGUAGGAGAAAACAUGGCAGGAGGAACAAGACAUGUUCCUCCUGGCAACCACUAGCCGUCGGCACCGUCGGCAAGAGAGCAUGCUGACUUUUUUUUCUUUUUUUUACAUGAGCAUGUGUGUGCCUAAAUUGAAAAAUGUAUACACACACAAAGAAAUUUAGGAGCGCAAUGAAAAAUAUUUGAGAUAUUAAAGCUAGAAUCCUUCAUUUUUCUAGGUGUACGUACUGGUGCUCCUAAAUACUAAUUCCAGGUUGCACAGCAAAACAUUUUGGCUGACAUUAGUUGUCAGUCAUGUUUUUAGGAUGACUAUUUAAAAUUCUGUAGAUAAUGUUCCAAAAUUGCAUGUGGAAACAUAUUGCGCUGUUUGUGAUUUGGGAGUUCAAAACUUGAUCGUUCUUUCAUCUGAAAUGGUUUUCAGAAAAACGUAUAACCAAUCUAUCCCACCUAGUGAAUAUUACAUGUUUUAUGGAGUUUAAUUUACAUAUUUUUUUAAAUCUUUUUUAAAAAUCUAAAUGAUUUGUAAAAAUGAAACAAUACUAAGGUGGUGAAAUUGCCCUACAAUAUAUACCACAUGUACAAUAUAAACCACAUGGUUAAAAAAUGUAGAAAAAAUGGGUCCACAGUUCAAUUCCCGAACAACCCCACAUUUUAUAGUAACAUGUUUAUUUGUCCAUGCUGAAAAUAACUGUUUUUCGCCACACUUGUUUCACUUCCAAAGCAAACAUGGUUACUUCAAUUGGAUAGAGAUCCAAACUGUACACUUCUAACAUUUACAUAGUUAGUUAUUUAACUUCUUACACAAGUGGAGACAAGUAAAACUGUGUACAGAUUUUAAUCCAUAAUUUAUUAUAGCAGGAUUAUUAGCUAGUAGGGUCGGGCGGUAUCCAGAUUUUCAUAUCCUCAUGCCGUCCUCUCAUCCCGGGAUUUAUAGUAUUACCGGUUUAAUACACAAGGGGUUACCAAAAUACGCAGAAAAAGCACAUUUGGGCGUCUACCAGAAUGCUAACUAAAUUUGCACAAGUAAUAGCUCAUUUCCUUGGAGGCUGCUAGUUAAAUAUGCUAAGGAAUGCAAAUAAAUGAACUAAUUGCAAAGACAAACAAUCCAGCUCAUGAAGUUAUACAUGUAUACAGUUGAAGUCGGAAGUUUACAUACACCUUAGCCAAAUACAUUUAAACUCGGUUUUUCACAAUUCCUGACAUUUAAUCCUAGUAAAAAAUUCCCUGUCUUAGGUCAGUUAGGAUCACCACUUUAUUUUAUGAAUGUGAAAUGUCAGAAUAAUAGCAGAUAAUGAUUUAUUUCAACUUUUAUUUCUUUCAUCAAAUUCCCAGUGGGUCAGAAGUUAAAUGCAUUCAAUUAGUAUUUGGUAGCAUUGCCUUUAAAUUGUUUAACUUGGGUCAAACGUUUCAGUAGCCUUCCACAAGCUUCCCACAAUAAAUUGGGUGAAUUUUGGCCCAUUCUUCCUGUCAGAGCUUGUGUAACUGAGUCAAGUUUGUAGGCCUCCUUGCUCGCACAUGCUUUUUCAGUUCUGCCAACAAAUUUUCUAUAGGUCAGGGCUUUGUGAUGGCCACUCCAAUACCUUGACUUUGUUGUCCUUAAGCCAUUUUGCCACAACUUUGGCAGUAUGCUUGGGGUCAUUGUCCAUUUGGAAGACCCAUUUGCAACCAAGCUUUAACUUCCUGACUGGUGUCUUGACAUGUUUCUUCAAAAUAUCCACGUAAUUUUCCACCUCAUGAUGCCAUCUAUUUUGUAAAGUGCACCAGUCCCUCCUGCAGCAAAGCACGCCCGCAACAUGAUGCUGCCACCCCCGUGCUUCACAGUUGGGGUAGUGUUCUUUGGCUUGCAAGCCUCUCCCUUUUCCCUCCGAACAUAACAAUUGUCAUUUUGGCCAAACAGUUCUAUUUUUGUUUCGUCAGACCUGAAGACAUUUUUCCAAAAAGUACGAUCUUUGUCCCCAUGUGCAGUUGCAAACCAUAGUCUGGCUUUUUUAUGGCGGUUUUGGAGCAGUGGCUUCUUCCUUGCUGAGCAGCCUUUCAGGUUAUGUCGAUAUAGGACUUGUUUUACUGUGGGUAUAGAUACUUUUGAUUUGCACUUUUCGCAGCAAAGUACGUUCACCUCUAGGAGACAGAACACGUCUCCUUCCUGAGCGUUAUGACGGCUGCGUGGUCCCAUGGUGUUUAUACUUGCGUACUAUUGUUUGUACAGAUAAACGUGGUACCUUCAGGCGUUUGAAAAUUGGUUCAUCCUUGGAAGCAUACCUGUGGAGGUCUACAAUUUUUUUUCUGAGAUCUUGGCUGAUUUCUUUGGAUUUUCCCAUGAAAUCAAGCAAAGAGGUACUGAUUUUGAAGGUAGGUCUUGAAAUAAUUUUCCAAGCUGUUUAAAGGCACAGUCAACUUAGUGUAUGUAAACUUCUGACCCACUGGAAUUGUGAUACAGUGAAAUAAUCUGUCUGUAAACAAUUGUUUAAAAGUCAAGUCAAAAAUGACUUGUCAUGUACAAAGUAGAUGUCCUAACUGACUUGCCAAAACUAUAGUUUGUUAACAAGAAAUUUGUGGAGUGGUUGAAAAACUAGUUUUAAUGACUCCAACCUAUGUAAACUUCCGACUUCAAGUUUGUGUGUGUGUGUGUGGGGGGGGUGUGUUUAAAAAUGUGUAUAUAUAAAAAUUAUUUGAAAAACGUCAUAAGUAGUUUCAUCGGUAUUGAAAAAACAUCCCAUGGCUAUUUCCAAAUACUCCGAUACUGCCCAAGCCUAUUAGCUAGCACAUCAAGUGUACAUGUUAACAUUGGAAUGCAAAAGAAGUAACACUUUAAAAUAAGUUGCUCUAAACCUGUGUAGUAACGCUGUAAUGACUUAAGUAACAGCAUCAGGGUAUACUAACAUAGUGCUUGAGCAAUUGAAUCUAAAAUGUUACUCCAAAUUCAAAAGGCACUCACAUCUGAGCAAUCUUUUUUGCAGGUUCAUGGUAACAGUUGGACAAGAGGGAAAAACCUCUUGUUCUCUCAAACAGAAUCAGUGAACAUGAAAGUUAAUUCAGGAGAAACGACAGGGAUUAUCCAAUCGCAGUACAUUUUAAUGAACGUAUGACGUUUAUACCUUUUUUUAGAUUUUGUGGCAUAGAGAAAGUUAAGAUAUCAGACAGGGGAGGUGGUAUUAAUAACACUGAGUAAAAGAUCAUGUUUGGGGAUUUUCACCCUCCAGACAUUAUUUCCUUAAGGUCUUAAUGUUGUGAAUUUGAAUAUGAAUUAUGCCCCUAUUUCAGAUUACUCAGAUUGUUUUUCUUGUACCCAAGGAUUUAUUGAAACUUGCUCGGUAGGUCAAUGUCCUCGUUGUUGUGGUUUUACAGACAUGUUCAAUACGGCUUAUUUACACACUUUAUUCUAAUAUUUAUGAAAUGCAUAUGUUAUAUUUGGUAGCACUUAUUUGUUUUUCCUUCGUCUCCAACCCCUUUCGAUGCAUGGAACGGAUGUGGGUGGGGCUAGAUUUACAUAGGGGUACACUUUCUUUUUUUUUCUCACAAAAGCUCUGACGAAGACCGUGAGGCCGAUACGUAAGCUUAUUAAAGAUCAGUGAUACUAUCAAGAGCAGUGUGCAAUCUAAAGUGUUACUAAAAUAAUAUACUGUACAAGGAAUUGUUUUUACUGAAUGUCCUGUAAAGCAAGGGCCCAUUUCUGAACUCUUGUUUCUUUAAAUUAGUUAUUUCCAUAUAUUUUUAAGAUGUGACUGUUUACGCUAAACUGUACCAUUCCCACAGUUGCUCUUUUAACUGUAUAUUAUGUCUAUCAUAGUUCACAAAUUAGUAUAAUUUUGUAGUGAAGUGAAAUAAAUGGUACAUUUAAAUAAAAUAA